AUGCCUUUAAAUACACUCUCAAUGGCACAUUUAUCUUAUCUUACAAUCGAUUCUACUGAUGUACCUAAUGAUACAUUAGAACGUUUACGAAAUAUAACACAAAUGUUCAGUGGAAGAGUAGAUGAACAUCAACAAUUACAAAAAGUUGAAAGAUUUACACCAAGUGAAAAAAUUAAAAAUACAUUUCAAAAAUUUCAAGACAUAGGUUUAUCAAAUGGACAACUUGAAGAUGAAGAUAAUGAUGAUGAUGAUAAUAAUAAUGAUACAAAUUCACAAUUAGAUGGAAUUAUUCGAUCAAAAAGAAUAAAGAAACCAGCAAAAGAACAUAUUCCUUAUCAUGAAAUGGCGGAAGUGAAAGAUAAAUUUGAAAAAGGUUUAAUUGAUAGCAAUAAACCACGUGUAGAAAAACGUUUAGAUGUUCGUGUACAAAGUGGUUUAACAUCAUCAAAAAAACAAGCAUUUGAACAAGGAGAAUUUGAACAAGAAACUGAACCACAUAUUAAUAAAAUACAAAUAGAAACGGAUCUUGUUGCUGGUUUAACAUCAUCGAAAAAACAAGCAUUUCAACAACAACAAAUGGAGAAUGGAACAAAUACGAUGAAUAAAACUAUUAUUACGGAACGUGAUGCAUUAGUUGGUGUUGCAACAGCGAAAAAAGCUAAAUUUGAAAGUGGACAAUUAUCAGAUCGUCCAAGAAUAUCAAUAUGUCCUGAUGAAAUAGCAAAUAUUGUUGGAGCAGGUCUUGCUCAAGCAAAACGUUCAGAAUUAUUAUCAAAAAUUGAUGCUGAACAACAAAUACAACGUUCAUCUGAUCGAUUUAUUGAUAUUGAUGCAGAACAAGGUUUAGCAACAACUCGACGUGAUCAAUUGGCAUCAUUAGCUAAUAGUGAAUUUAAAUCUACAGAAAAAUCGAUUGAUGUAACAGCUGGAUUAGCAACUGCAAUUAAAGAACAAUAUAUAGCUGAUGCAAGUAAGGCAACAUCAAAAAUAUCAGUUCCAAUGGAUGAUAUUCAAAGUGGUAUGACUAAAAAUCGAACAACAGCAUUUGAAAAACUUGAUGAAACGACAGUUAAACGAACAGUAGAUAUUGAUAGUGAAUUUCGUGAGCGUGGUGUAGCAAAAGAACGUGUAGCUAUGUUUAAAAAUUUGGAAAAUGGUACACAAUCAUCAACAACAACAAACGGUUCUGGUGAUACAAAAAUACGUAUUGAUGCUUUUCGAUGGCACGUUAAUAUGUGUCAACCGAUAAAUGGUACUCUUUUAAAAAGAAAACAUCCAAAAAUUGUAGGUUUUCGCAUUUUCUUAUGGGAUUAA